UAAGGAGGCCUUGCUACAACAGUGUAACAUUUUGUUUAUAUUUACAUUUUAAAGCAAUAAUUGGGGGAAGUUAUUAUCUGAUACUGAACUACAGUGACAUCUCUUGUGUCAUUAGAGAUGUAUAUAUUUCUGAAGAAGAGCAUAUGGCGCGGAGUUUUACAUCACAUCACAAACAAGCACGAAUGGAUCCUGUCUCAAGGAACUGGAAUAAAUGGGUGUCUUCUUGAUCCUUUAGAUGAAAACGAAGUGCGUGAAAAACCCUGGCUUUCAACUUCAGACCAUGCAAGAGUUUUACAAGACCUGAGUGCUGUGAUCCUGGACAAGAGAUUCUUAAGCAAAGUGUCAUAUUACCUGAAUUACAGAACCACUGCUGACAUAGAAGUGUUCCACCAGUUAAUUUUGAUGUACUGUGCAAAGAGGUUUGCAUAUACACCGCCUGUGUACAGAAUCCGCAACCUAUUGGCAGCUAUCGACCACAACUACCACAGCAAUAGACCUCUGAAAACCAACAAAGAUAGAGAAAUAAGGUAUCACAGAUGCUACAACAAAAAAAGCAAGCGCUGGUCAGUCUUUCCAGAGAAAGUAGCCAAGACCUAUGGCUACGUUCCAGAGAUUGCAGAAAUGCUGUACAAAAAACGGAUUAAGGAUAAAGUAGGAAUGGGCAAAAAAAUGGUCUUGGAAGAAGGUGAUCCAAGAAGACUGGCAAAACACUUGGCCCCAGAAUCCCCUCCAUCUACCUCAGCAAUUGUUCAGGCCAAACAGACCAGGUUCAAGAGAAAAUGAAAUUGAACUGAAAAAAGAAGUACUUGGUACUUUAAUUGUUUGAACAGAGCAACAAUAAUGUUGAUAUUAGAUGUAUUGUUUAUGAUCAAUUCUCAAUAACAUUGAUGUCACAUGCAUUGUCUUUCUGAUUUACAUUGAGUAUGAUGUGAGAGAAAAAGUGUAUAUUUAAUAGAUUUAAGCACCACAUUUUUAUGCCUUCAGAUCGUUCAAUUUGCCAAGGUAAGAACUUCGAUGUGCCAAUCGAGAUAAGUUCCUUUUUACGGCCGUUUAUAACCAACUGAUAGUUGUCUCGAAGAAAGGCUACGUCGCCGGUGUGAAAACAGUUUAGGUCAUCAACUCCGAAUUCUUUGGUCUUAUACCCUCUAAACCGCCAUGCACAGCGGACAAGCAAUUCGCCGGAUUAACCUUUUGGUACUUCACACCAAUUGUCAUCCACUAGUUUCAUCUCAACACCCCGGAACGGCGAACCUAGAGUAUAAUAUUCAUUCAAAAUUACCUUGAAAUAUAGUAUUCUUAUGUAUAAACCAGCGGCUUGUGUAUUUUUGUAUACUUUAGUCGCUUUGUUAGAUAAUAAAAUUAUGCAUAUCUAA